GAAAAGAAAGAGAGGAAGAAAGGAAAAGAAAGAGAGGAAGAAGAGAAAAUGAGGAAAAGGAAGAGAAGUUGUGAUAUAUAUAAGGCUUAUACGGACCGUUUUCGGUCCGUAUAAUCCUUAUUGGCGCGCCGCACCUAAAACUUUGAAUUUUUUCAGGAAAAUUUUUGGCGCAUUAAUAAUAUUCAGACCGAAAUCGGUCUGAAUAUGAAUGAAUUAGCGCAUAAUCAAAAAAUUCAAAUUUACGGUAAAAAAAUUGGCACAUAAAUUAAUUACGAACCGAUUUCGGUUCGUAUAUGUAUUUAGAAAACAAGGGAUAAGGCUUAUAUUCGGACCGAUUUUGGUCCGAAUAUAUUGGGAAAAAAUUUCCGGCGCAUCAAAAACUUUCAAUCUUUUCGAGAAAUUUUUGGCGCAUUAAUAAUAUAUUCGGACCGAUUUUGGUCCGAAUAUAUUGGGAAAAAAUUCACAGUGCACAUUUUCAUUCUUUUCAUUUAAGGACAUCACAAUCUCCUCGUGUCCUCAAUCCAUAUAUACGGACCGGUGUCGGACAAUGGUAUAUCACUAGAGUUAUGCAUAUUCAUAGCCUAAUGAUAACUUGAUCAAACUAAAAAAGCACCAUGCCUUGUGUAGUUCUACGUCCAGCCAUCUUCUCGGCUCAUCCAACUCAACGUAAGCUCAGCCACAUACACGAGCUCACAACCUACAAGACAAGGGCUCUGGACAUAAUAUUGAUCAUGACCAAGAAGCCAUGGAUCCUCCCAUAUCUUUGUGGCUUUACCAUUACCAAUCAAUCUUCUACAGCUGAGUCUUAAAAGUUGGAUGAAACUCCAUAUACUUCUCCAUGUCAAGCUACACGAGGCUUUAAUUCAACUUGUAGGAAAGUUGAUCGAGGGAAGUAUUUAGCUUUCAUCUCUCUAGUAGCCAGAGAGGACGAAUUCACAAGUAACCGCCAGCCUUGCUUGCCCAACAUGGCUAAAUUAAAUUCAUGAAGCGCAU